AUGCCACCAAAACCCACAAACUGGGCCAUGUACGGCAAGAUGGCCGCUGCCUUCGGAGUCUGCGCCAUAGGCGGUCCCGCCCUAAUCAUCUGGGUCUCUCCAUCCGAAGAAGAGCUAUUUCUGAAAUACAAUCCCGAGUUACAGAAGAGGAGUCUGGAGAAUCGAAAGGGGAAACAGGAGGAUUUCGAUCAUUUUGUGAAUAAAUUGAAGGAGUAUUCGAAGAGUGAUAAACCUAUAUGGGAAGCAGCCGCCGAAGACGAGCGCAACCAACGCGAUGGGAAGAUAGCAGAACAAGUUAAAUUAGUCGAGGAGAUUCGUCGGAGGAAAGAGGAAAUUAGGAAGUCGGGGACGAGUGAUAUUCCCGGGAGUAGUUUGUAG